AUGCGCAACCCGGCCACAUCGGGGUACGCCCCUGUAUCGACCACCGACCACAACAACAACAACAACAACAACAACAACAACAACAACAACAAUGUCUACGCAAUGGACGAUCUAGCUGGCAAACCACUCCCUCCCACACCCCGAAACUUUGACCCCCGCGCGUUCAGGAUCUACAGGAGGGAUGUAGUCACCUUCUCGCUGUCGUUUUUGGUGUCGUUGCCGUUGGUGCUGCUGGUGGCGUUGUUUACGGGGGAUGGCUCCCUGUUUGGGUAUCACUCCUCGCCUUCGCCCUCCCCAUCAGCCACGAAACCAAACGGUAAGUUUAUUGUUCCUGGGGCUGGUGGUGGGGGGUGCGAACCGACUAGUACUGUGCCUCAGUACUUUAAUACUGAGGACGGGAAAUGGGCUGGGCCAACUGCUACUGGCAAGCCGGGUUUUUUGGCCCAGACGAGGGAGUGGGGCGUGGAAGAUGGGAAGACGUGGGUUCCGAACGAGCCGUUGCAGACGCAGGUGCCGGUGCGGGGUGGGGAUGGGAGUGAGAAGGGGGGGAGUAUCUUUGGGGAGAUGGGGUUUUUGACGCCGUAUAGACCGGCUAAGGGGUUUGGGGUCGAGGAGUGGCCUUUGCCGGAGGGGGCGGAGAUUGUGCAGGUUCAGAUGGUGUCUAGGCAUGGGAGUCGGUACCCGACUGUUGGGAGCAAUGUUGAUGGGUUGGGGAGGAGGAUCGGGGAGGCGAAGAAGAGGGGCGGGUUCAAGACGAGUGGUGAUAUAGGGUUUUUGAAUGAGUGGAGGUAUGAGUUGGGGCAGGAGAUACUGGUGCCGAAGGGGAGGCAGGAGUUGUAUGAUUCGGGGGUUUUGCAUGCGUACAUGUAUGGGAAGCUGUAUAAUCCUAACAGCAAGAUUAUUGUGCGGACGACGACGCAGGACAGGAUGUUGAAGUCGGCCGAGAAUUUUAUGGCGGGGUUCUUCGGGUUGGGGUGGACGAGUAAUGCGACGAUUGAGGUUAUCAUUGAGGAUGCUGGGUACAAUAAUAGUCUGGCUGGGUAUUUGAACUGCCCGAAUGGGAACAAGGUGAAUGGGGGGUCUAAGGCGCAGGAGAAGUGGAUUGGGGUUUACUUGCAGAAUGCAACGGAGAGGCUGGCGAAGUUGGUUGAAGGGUACGAGUGGACGGUUGAGGAUACAUACGCUGCGCAGACAAUGUGUCCAUAUGAGACUGUGGCAUACGGCUUCAGCAAGUUCUGCGAGUUGUUUACAUAUGAAGAGUGGCUUCAUUUCGGGUACUCGAUCGAUCUCAACUUUUACGGAAACGAUGGAUUUGGAUCGCCGGUUGGAAGAGCGAUCGGCCUUGGCUACCAGCAAGAAGUCGUUGCCCGCCUCCAGAACCGCACCCUAGGGUACUCAGGCUCCCAGAUCAACGUCACCCUCGACAACAACACCGGCACAUUUCCCCUGAACCAGUCUCUCUACUUUGACUUUUCCCACGACACCAACAUCAUCAGCAUCCUGGCUGCCUUUGGCCUGACGCAGUUCGGGGCCACACUCGACCCGCUCAAGUACCCAGGUCAGCAUAACUUUACCGUGUCGGACAUGACGCCGUUUGGUGCCAGGCUCGACAUCGAGAUUAUCAAAACUCAAAAACCCGUUCUGGCGAAUCGGGAGGUGGAUGAGACAGGGAAAGAGACGGAGUAUGUCCAUUUUGUGCUAAACCAAAGGACGGUGCAUUUGGGGUGGAGCUUGGAGGAGUGCGAUGGGGCACGGAAGGAUGGGUGGUGUGAGUUGGGGGCAUUUUUGAAGGCGCAGGAGAGGAUGGCGAAGAUGGCGAGAUACGAGGAGGCUUGCCAUGGGGAGUUGAGCGGGGAGAAUUGGGAGUAUGGGAGGGUGGUGGAUGGGGUGCCUGUUUAG